AUGAAGUCUCUACGCUCGUAUCAGAACAUUCACUUUCGACGAGUGAAUUAUCGCAACUAUUCAAUGGGUACGCCGGCUGAACAAUUUUUUCAAACCGACAAAAUCUUCAAGUCAACAUAUUUUAUUGAAACCUUCUCGGAUUUGCUAAGAUAUUUAACACUUUACCGAUUUGGUGGCAUUUAUUUAGACACGGAUACGGUCACACAACAGAGUUUCGACGUUUUGCCCGCCAAUUUUGCGGGAAAUCAAGACUCAACGAUUGCAAAUGGUGUACUGGGUUUCAGUGGCAGCGGCCGUAAGAUUCUCGGUUUAGUCAUAAAAAAUGUUUGUGAAAACUUCAAUCCAUUCGUUUGGGGUCAUACUGGACCACAAGCCAUCACUCGAACGCUCAAAAUUGUUUGUAAUGUGACUAAAGUUAGCGAUAUGAAGCCAGAAAUUUGUGAUGGAUUUAAUGUAAUGCCAAAAGAGGUGUUUUAUCCGAUACAUUAUUUGGUGUGGGAGCGAUACUUUGAUGCUGACCACUUGGCUGAAUCAAUGGAAAAAACCAAACAGUCGAUUGCGAUCCAUGUUUGGAACAAAUUUUCUUCGCAUCAACCGAUUCUAAAGAGCUACAAAAACCGGACACUCAUCAAGAAAUAUGGGAAAAUGUUGAUGAACAGAUGGAAGGAUCUGAAUCCAUUUGGCGUGACCGCUUACGGAGCCAUUGCAAAAAAGAAAUGUCCACGAGUCUAUAGCUCAUCAGGCGAUCUGUUUUGAAUUUUAUUAAGUUGAGAACAUUUCUCU